AUGGAGGAGAUUGAGAAGAGUCUGGGAAUCGGUGGUAGCAAUCCCAAAGAGAAACAGUCGUCUGCCCGGACAGAAUCAGAUGGGGAAAAGAAUGUAACAGGGAAUUCGGGAAGCCGAGGGGAUGGAAAAGCGGAAGAUUUGAAAUCGCACGGCGAGGAUGCAAAGGAGGAGGAGGUCGAGGAGAAAGAGACGGUCCAGAUGCUCGCUGACGGAGAUGCGGACGGGAUUCCGAUCCUGAUUGGCGUGAAGGAGCCGAAGAAAGAGUCUAAGAGUAAGAAAGCUGAGGAGGAAUCGAAGAAGGUAGAAGGGGGGAAAGAUGACAAGGAGAAGGAGAAGGGGAAGGAUAAAGGAGAGGAUAAGCGAGAUGAGAAGAGGAAAUCCGGAGCAAAGGAGGGAGACGUAGGGGCAGGGACAGGAGACGGAAAGGCAGGGAAGGAGAGCGCGAGUGCCGCUGAUGAUAAUCCGGAUCAAUACGAAGGGGAGGAGGGCGAUGGCGCACAGAAUAAGGCGAAAGGCGGCGGGAAAAAGGGCGGCAAAGGCGAGAACGUGGGCGAGAUGAUGGAGAAGAUUCUAGAAAGACUGGAUGACAUGGAAGGCGAGGGGGGGAAGUUCAACGAAACCCUAGAAAAGCAGGAGGCGGUUUUGGAGACAGUGGCGCGGGUGGGGAAGCACCACGUGCACGAGAAGGAGGAGAAGGAGCGGGAGGAGCGGGAGAAGGCGGAGCAAGAGGAGGCGGAGAGGGAAGCGGAGCUGAAGGCCAAGCAGGAGGCGGAGGCAGCUGCUGCUGCGGCUAAGAACAGCUGGGACGGAGGGGUGACGGGUGGUGGAGAGCGGUCGUUCUUCGAUAUUCUCCUGGGAAUAGACGCUGCUCCGCCGCCUCCCCCCCCGCCUCGCCCCACUCCUAAGAACGUCACUAAAGCGUCAGCUAAAAACGAGACCAAGAAAGAGCAGGAGUCGGAGCAGGAGGACGAAAAGGACGUUCCCAGGCUCAUAGACUCCCAGGAUAACGAAUACGUUAUAAGCAGCCCCGGUAAAGGGUCCAAGAUGCAGCUACAGGAAGACUUCACCCUCAUUUCGGACAUUGUGAAGGUGAUAGUGGCGGCGGCACUGGGCGGGCUGGCGUGCGGGCUGAUGGGGCAGCCCAUCAUCCUGGGAUACAUCGUUGCUGGCAUGGCCAUUGGGCCAGGUGGGCUCGGCCUGAUUCACGAGCUUGUACAGGUGGGUAGGGUUACCACAUGGGUGUUACAGGGCGUGGUGUUGCUGGGGGGCCUGGCGUGCGGGCUGAUGGGGCAGCCCAUCAUCCUGGGGUACUUCGUUGCUGGCAUGGCCAUCGGGCCAGGUGGGCUCGGCCUGAUUCACGAGCUUGUACAGAGUAAGGUGGAAACCCUAGCGCAAUUCGGGGUGGUGUUUCUCCUCUUCGCGCUGGGAGUGGAGUUCAGCCUGGCCAAGAUGCAGGGGGUGCACAACGUAGCGCUGGGCGGCGGGGUGCUGCAGAUCCUCAUUGCCAUGAUUUUGGGCGGCAUCUUCAGCUCCAACACGCCCCAGGGGCUCUUCAUUGGCGGCUUCCUCUCCAUGUCCUCCACAGCCGUGGUGCUCAAGUGCCUGGUGGACAUCAACGGCUUCAACUCCGAGCAUGGGCAGAUCAUGCUCGGCACGCUCAUCGCCCAGGACUGCGCCCUCGGUCUCCUCCUCGCAAUCAUGCCGGCGCUCGCCGCCCGCCCUGCAUCCGCGUCGGCCAUUCUCCUCGCCCUGGUGCGCGAGCUGCUCAUUCUGCUCGCCUUCUGCCUCGUCGCCUGGGCGCUCUCCCGCCUGCUCGUCCCGCGCUUCCUGCGCCUGCUUGUGCGCGUGUCAAGGGGCAACAACGAGCUGUACCAGCUGGGCAUCAUGGGCAACUGCCUCUGUGUGGCGCUGCUCUCUGAAUACCUGGGGCUAUCUCUUGAAGUCGGGGCAUUCAUCGCUGGGCUCAUGCUCUCAGCACCUACAGCAAGCGCACAUGACAUCAAGGGAGCCCGUCGGCAGCUCAUUCCCUCCUCGUUUCCUCACGCCCAUGGCCAUGGUGAUGCACGAGAAUGGCGCCCCUUUUCUCACCUCCUUGUCCAUCCAGCAUCGCUGCCCCACUCACAGGCGGCAUGGUCAGAGCGAGAGUGCAUUGCAGCAGAUGCAACCGGUGUGUGGGGCGAGCAGAAAGUGCAGGAGCAGCAGGUGCAGCCAAUGCACAACAUGUGGGCUGCACUCUUCCCCUCCCCAUGCAACGCAACCAUCCUACAUCCCCUCAAUCCUCAUUUCCUCUACCCCCACCCCUUCCAGGUGGCACCUACAGCGAGCGAACACUACACCAAGUUGAGCCAGUGCGCAACAUGUUUGCUGCGCUCUUCCUGGCAUGGCAUCCAUGGGCAUGGUCAUGCACGAACAUUGAGACCCUCUAUCCCUCUGUGUCCGUGCAACAACCCUCCAGGCGGCACCUACAGCGAGCGCACCUUACAUCAGGUGGAGCCGGUGCGCAACAUGUUUGCUGCGCUCUUCCUGGCGUCCAUCGGCAUGGUUAUGCACCCCAUGUUCCUCUGGCAGCACAAGGACAUUCUGCUGCUCGCCCUCGCUGUUGUUUUCCUGGGGAAAACGCUGCUCGUUGCUCUUGUGGUCCGGGGCUUCGGCUACAGUGCAGGCACGGCAGCAGCGGUGGGCAUAGCUCUCGCACAGAUCGGCGAGUUCUCUUUUGUCCUCCUGUCCCGCGCGCAAACCCUCAAGCUGGUGGGGCACAAGCUGUACCUGCUGCUCAUGGGCACCACCGCGCUCUCUCUCGUCCUCACGCCCUUCGCCUUCAAGCUCGUCCCGCGCCUCGCUGCCAUUGGCGCCCACCAGGACCUUGCGAUUAAGCCGUCAGUUCUCGCGCAUUCGGCUCAGCUGCUGCCGCAAACCCUAUUUGAAGAGACUGCUCCGCUUCCUUCCGCUUUCUUCCGUCACAUCCAAUGCUGCCGCUUUGAGGUCGAUUCGGCACACAGGGCACGUGGUCCUGUCGGCGAGCCAGUGGUCGAUGCAGCUGACGUGGAAUCGAUGCUCGCAGGGCAGCAGAUAGCGAAGCAGCUCACCCUCGUUAAAGUCACACAGACACACUCUGCACUCCCUGCUCGCUACAUCCCCUCCCUGUUUCUGACACCCGGCAUUACUUUGCGCUCCCAGCGGCUUUUCCUGUGGCGCUUCUAA